CCUCACUAAAAUGCUCGAAAAAAUGCUAGCAUAAUGUACAAAAGCCCAGAAGCAAUGAGGUAUGCCCCCAAAAUGUUUCAAUUUGAGAAUUAGAACCUGAUUUUAAACCGUCACACCACAAAUACUAGCAAUACCACAAAGUAGAAAUUACAAUGAGAUAACCGACCAGAAUGCUUCCAUUCAUUUCAGCAAUAAUAUUCACAAUUUAUUUUAGUUUUUUUUAGUUUUUUUUUUUUUUUUUGGCCUUGUGACGGUUGGGUGUCUUGGGAAGGCCAAGAGAAAUCUGGGCACUGGUCACUGGACUACACAGUCACACACAGCCAAGUCUAAUCCAAUCAAAACUCCUCUGAACACCUGUCGUGACUCUGUCCGGACUCUCGUGACUCGACUGGCGACAAUACAACAGGGAAAAUGUUUAUUUUAGAAACAAAAUGGCGGUGUUUGAUGUUGGUCCCGUUUUGGAAGUUGUAACGAGUCUUCAAGGAAAAUUAGAAGAAGCUAUUACGAAAUCUAAACUACUUCUUGAAGCUAUAGAAGGCUCUCAGUCAAAAUACAUCGAACUGAAUUCAGAAUACCCUGUUCUUCGAAGCCUGAAAGGAAGACUGUCGGCAACACAAGGACCGAAUGAAUCUCUGUCUGCGGAGCUCGUGAAAUUCAAAGUUGAACUGGAAUACUUCGUGGAAGAUAUAUUUAAUGCUCACGAGAAAGUAAGGCAGGAUUUUCAGCUGUGGGUGAAAAAACUGGAAAGAUAUGACGAAAAAUCACGACGCGAAAAAGUAGAGUUCAUAAAGGACCGUGAAAAGUUCUAUUCCGAACGCGUCAAAUAUUUUGAUACUCUUCGCUUGGCAACGACGGGAAAGACAAAAAUAAAAGAAAACAGUGAUGAUAAUGAAAAAUCAGAAGAUGGAUUACUUGUAGAGGAUAUCGAAGAAGAUGAUAAAGAGGAAAUACAUACGGAUUCGAAAUCAACCCUUGAAACAUGGGAUGCUGCCUGUCAAACAGAACCUGAAACAACUUUAGCUGAAGAAUCAGAAAUCCACAAAAAACAAGACUCUAAUGGAAAUGAGUCUCUUUCAGUAAAUGAUAUACACGAGAGUUUGGGGAAGGAAAACCAUCAUUUGUUGCCAUGUAGGUCACAAGUCAGUUCAGCAACAGUUGGUAGACACCAGAGAGUUCUUACUGCACCUGUGUCAAAAGCUAAAGCUUUGCUUUUAACAAAACAGGGACAUGCACUAAGAAUGCACCAGAUGCUGGUUAAUGAGAUUUGCAAGAUGAAGGAAGAAAUUCUAUUCCUGAAGACUGAAAACUCAAUGUUGUUCAAAAGAGCAAAUGAAGCAAGCUCUGAGUUAUUCUACAUGAAGAGCAAGUUGACAGUAAACAUGGCUGACAGAGAUGAACUACAGAAGAAAUUACAGAAGUCAAAAGAGCAGAUUCAAAAGCUUGAGGGGGCAUUGAGGAAACAAGCAAUUGGCCUGGUGUGUAAUAAGAAACAACAAAGACAGUUACAAGAGGAAAUCAGAUGGAGCCAGAUUUUUGCUGUUCCACUUCCUGACUCAUCAAGUCGAGGCAGAAGCGUUCCACAAGUUGGAAAGUCCACAAGAGGACGCUAAAUGUCAUGUUCAGACAGCAUGCCAGAUACAUAAACAUAUGAACAUACUUGCUGUUGAAAACAUCCAUUCUUUAUAUCUAAUGAUUGUUAUUGUCAUGAGCAUAAUCUUAUAGCCUGCAUAGCAGACGUUUCCUUUCCAUUUUUCAGGAGAGGGAGGUCGAGCAAGCAAGCAAGCAACCAAGCGUGACUGGGGUGGGCAAAACAUGUGGAGAAUUGGGGAGGGGGUAAGCAAAAAAGGAGGAAAGAGGGGCUGGGUAGGGAGAGGGGGUAAGCAAAUAAAAGGAUGAAAAGGGGGGCUGGGAUGGAAGGAAUCGCCUCCUGUUGUAGCUCGUUAUUUUUUUGCACUCGCACACGAUUUCGUUUUCUUUGCAUGUUUUUGGAAAUGAAUUGCUGUUAUGCAGGCUAGGGCAUUUGAGGUAAAAUAGUAAACCUUUGACCUUUUCACUUCCCAGAAAGUGAGAAAAAAGAUAUAAAAAAUUUAAUUACAAAAUACAUGAACAAAUGUAAUUGACAGACAAAAAAUGAACCUCGGUUCAUCAGCUUUUUUCCAAGUAUAGUCAAAUGUUUCCAGUAUAUAAUUCCUGCAUGCAAAGGUUCUGUACAGUUAAAUUUGACUAGGUUUUGCUAAAUCCGUGAAACUGGAAAUCAGUUUAUUUGUUACAACUGCAACGCUUUCUUUAUGACUUGCUGCACUUACGCAUACAUUUGUAAGACAAUUUUGUUGCUCGACUUCAAACCUUAGUUAAAAAUUAUAUGCAAGACAUCUAAAAACAAAAAUCAUCUUUAAAAAAAAUUCAUUUAUUUUUAUCUAUGUUGACGAAUUAUAACUAUAGUCAUCUAUUUAUUUAUAUGUCUAUUUAUAUAUUAAUCUUUUUAUUUAAUAUGUACCUAUGUAUUCGCUUAUGAACGAAUUAAACAGAUGGGGUUCAAUAUUAAAACAUGAAUUCCGGUUGUAUUGUUCGCUGGUAUAUUUACAGUAAUGUUAGUACGAACCUGUUCACAGACGGUCUAUUUUCUCUUAUAAUUUCGUCCAAAUCGAGUACCUGUUUGAUAUAUACGUUGGGAUAGAAUUCUUCCUUUUAAUUCGUUGUUUUCCUUCUUCAUACGUUUUUCGGCCGUUUCUAUCUUCUCCCUUUGCAUCAGCUGCUGUCCACUUUUUCGGCUUUUUCUCUCUCGCACUUUGUCAGCCGUUUCUUCUUUCUCCCAGCCAAUCAUUUCACUCUAAAACGAGGAGGGAGGAGCGGUCUUGACGGAAAUACACGAGAUCGUAAAGAGCCUUUGACAACAGUUUACCGUCAAUGCUAUUGAAAACAAGCAGAAAGCAUGACCGGUGGAUGAUAUGGAAACUGGGUUGCCUGCUUCUUCCUUUAUUCUCUUAACACCCUCGAUCCUCCCCCGCCAAACCUGGAGAAUUUAGUCUCCUCUGCCCUCUUUUAUCUCCCCAAACCACGUAACCUGAAAACCAGGUCUUCCUCACGGGGGAGAGAGGCUCGACACAAAACGGCCUUGGAUUGGUUAGUGCUUAUACCCAUUAACGCGAAUUUUAAAAUGAGACGGGAUGUGUGUCCACCAAAAAAACACUUACGACGUCUUAUCGACCAAUGGAUGCUUGCAUCGUCUCCCUUUAAGAAACUUUUGUCAUCUUGAGAUGAUAUUUAGGCCACUUCACGGAUGCAUGCUUGAUUUGUUUAUCGUUAACUGGUCUUAAAGUUUUCCAGACCAAUUAGAGAUUACAUAAAUAGCGAAAGAUCAGUUUACAAAUAUUGACUUCAUUUUCGAUCACGUUCACCAAAAGUUACCCAAGCGUCUCCAGGGCUUUCAAGCAAGUGAAACCACAGGCAGCCCAAGAUUUAGCUUGAGAGGAUUGCGGUCAUGGCAAAAAAUACAGGAAGUAAGAAUUAUAUCAAGUUCUCAAUAAUUAUAUCUCCCCUUACUUCCACAGCGUAUCGCUAGAAGUCUGAAUGUUUGCUUUGCUAAAACGAGACCAUUUUAGCGAGUUACCGCUUCCUAGGUUUCUCACUCCUUAGGCUUAGGAGAAGAAAACCUUAUUUGGUAGCGGCAAAUUGCUAGAAUCGCUUCAAAUCAGCAGAGGUGAAUAACUUUAUUUAUUUUAUUUCACCAGGGUAGCCCAUUCAGCAACGAGGCUGGUGUCCCGCCUGGGCUCGGCAUCUUUUCAGCAGCUUUUGGCGUUUGGAGCAACUUUUUGCGGUUCUAGCAACCUCGAACAAGAUUUGCCUUUCUGGGCAACUUUUGAACAAAACAUAGAUUUAGAGCACAUAGUAAGCACGAAAAAGUCAACGAUUUAAAAGAAAACUUCAAUUCAUGCGAAUUUCUUGAAUGUUUAUCAAGUCGAAGUUUGAACACAUAACCUGUCACUUCAUAAAGUUCGGCAAGACGUCAAAUGAACCAUGUGUUUUGUUCCGUUAGACUUGAGAGUAUCUUUAAAUUUCGCGCUACUCUUUAAAGCUAAGUCUCACGGUAUAGUAUUUUUCUUG